AUGUUGAUCAUCAUAAUCGCUCUGAUUUAUCUGUUGUCUUUGAUGCCGACGACGCCGCCGCAUAUUGUGAGCAAUGGGAUGCUUCCACCGCCAGAUGCUCACACCGCCGAUUAUGCGAUGAAGGGCCAGGGUCACAUUGAUUUGGAGAAGAUGCGAUUUCGCCCACCGACACAAGAUGAAAUAUUCGACGAACCAUCGCAUUGCCUUAAUGGCGUCCCACUAACGACUAAUGGAACAUGCGUUUGCUCAAAAUACUACACGGGACCGAGAUGUGAUAUUCCGAUUUGCAUGAAUGGAGGUGUUUAUAAUGCAACAAGCGGGAAAUGCGAUUGCUCUGGAUCAUGGACGGGCGAAUUUUGUUUAGUUCAAUGCGCAAUGGGAUAUGUGAAUCGGACGACAGGAUUAUGCGAAUGUUUGCCGGGAUUGCAAUGCCACAAAUGUGUCCACGGUCAAUUUUACGAUGGCAAAUGCGUGUGCUAUGAUGGAUUCACGGGCCUCAUGUGCACAACGUGCGACGGACUGGGAUGCGAUGAUAGCAUCCGAAAACGCGGUGCGGUGAACUCGCGCCUAACCUUAUCGGGCCUCUCGUUUUGCAUCAUCACCAUCGGAUUGUUGUGCGUCGGAGCGAGAAGGAAACGCGCGAUGUCGAUGCCGUACACCGGCGAGACCUGGUACAGAAUGUUUCACCCCGAAAAUCAAAGGCCCUUUAGGUGCCGUCACGACUACGUCUGCGGUGGAUCAUGGGUGCCGAGAGAUCGCGCGUUGAUUGUGGCGCCUGGCCGCGUGACAGUUCAUCCUUCUGGAGCACGAAUCCAUCGAUUGGCAACACCGCCGCCAAGCUACACUUCUGUGGACAAUCUAACACCCGAGCAACAGCCUCCGACGUACGAGGAGGCCACCAGAAUUGACAUUGAGAACGGUGAGAUUCUCGAGACUCCAGAAGCACCAACACCAACUGACGACGACAUUCAUAUGGUUGUUGAUGAAAUGGAGAAGGAUGAUGAGGAGCGAGUCUAA